CAGCAGCAGCAGCAGCAGCAGCAGCAGGUGGUGCGCCAACCGAUUGUUGUGAGCGCUCGGAGUCGUAGUUUACUAGUCUCAAGGGGUGAGAGUGCACCAUGAAGCCUAUAACCAGACACUGGGAGAGCAGUCUCUUUCACAAGAUCACCAUUUCAAACUUCCUCUCCCUGCUGACAUCUUGAGGUAGUGUACAGAAGUGACAGCAAAAUCCUGACGGCCAUGGAGAUAAAAUCCUGGUUUGUCAUUUGGUUGUAUAUCCUGUCCCUGUUUGCACAAAAAACCUUGUGUGACAGCAAACUUCUCCAGAAGGUACAGGAAAUCAAAGGAUGCACCCAUGGUUCUUGCAAAGGCAAAUUUCCAGUAAGCAGUGACUCUCCUAAUAUGAUGGAUAAUCGAACGUUUUCUGCUGCUCGUUGCUUUUGUGAUGACGAGUGCCACUUGUAUCGUGAUUGCUGCCCUGACAAAGUUACAGAGGUGGAGCUACAACAGGAACCUAUGUCUCCCAUCCUGUGGGACUGUGCAGGGUGGCAGAAUGGAUCAAAUCCUCACACACUAUAUAUGGUGAGAUCAUGUCCAUUUCAAGACAGAUUUUCAAAACUCUGCACACUUGAAGGUAUUCCAGAAGAAAAAUAUGACUACAAAUUUGAUGUUCCUGUGUUGAACACCAGAACAGGUGUCUGGUAUCAGAACAUUUUUUGUGCAAUAUGUCACAAUCAAGAUGAUGAUUUAGCAUCACUGACUUUAAAAUUUGAUUGUACAGACAAUCUUACAGUGAACCAGGCAAUAACUCAUGGGCACUAUGAACCACACAAUCUUACGUGGAAAAUGAUAAAUGAUGUUGAAAGUCCAAUGUGUAAAUUAAAUGUAGUGCUAGCUGAUGAUGGUGGUAUCACGAAAGGCAGUAGACGCUGUAUAAAACAUGAACACAAAUGUGCUGCAAAUUGGACUGACAUUGCAGUAAAAAAAUUGUGCCAUUCCUAUUCAUUUAUUGUAUAUACUCUUAAAUUUGGCAAUAGACGUAAGUAUUACAAGAAUCCCCAUUGUGCUCUUUGCAACUAUGUGGAACCUGAAGAAAUGAAAUGCUUCAUUGAUGUAUCACACAGAGCUCAUCGUUUACCAUCCUUGAGCUUAGUACUGGAAUUAAACUGGGAUCCAGAUUCCCAAACCAUGCAGCAAGCAAACUGCCAGUUGCCUCAUGGAGUAUAUGACCCAUUGCACAAGAAAUGCAUGCGAAUAGAAGAUGCUUGUGGUGAUGACUACAUGUUUGAAGAUGGAAAAUGUAUCCCCAAUCCAGACUGUCAAAAAAGGAAGACAAGGAGCCACACAAAUCAAAGCAGUAUUUUAAGUGUUUCUUGCUUUGUAAUAACACUUGCACCAAAUGAAUAUAUUCUUGUAAAUGACAGCAUUCAGCUGACUCUGAAUACUUCUACUGCAGUGAUACCAAAUGGAUUGUUUGAGAUUUUUGACAAUGGUUAUGCAAAAGUCUGCAAUGUAUUUGACAUUCCUUAUUCUAAGGACAUAUUUAAAGGAUACGUGUCAACUGUGUGUCUUUCAUUAUCAGUGAUUUGCCUCAUAUUACAUAGUGCCAUAUUCUGUUUAGUUCCAAAACUGCGCAAUCUUCCAGCUAUGAACCUCUUUUCCCUGACAACAGCACUACUUCUUGUACAGUUAAUAUUUCUGUUGGGUAUAUAUCCAGUUGUGCCUGUACCUCAUUCCCUGUGUGUUACAAUAGCAAUCCUCAUUCAUUAUCUAUUUCUUUCCUCAUUUUUUUGGAUGAAUGUUAUGAGUUUAGACAUAUGGAGGACCUUUGGAGUGAAAGGGUAUUCUUCUGGUACAAGAUGUCAUUACUGGAAGUAUGCAAUCUAUGCUUGGGGAAUUCCAUUGCUGAUAGUUGUUCUUGCUGUUGUAUUUGAUAAUACCUCUACAUUUCCAAUGCACUUAAGACCAAAUUAUGCUGUACAUAAAAUGACUUGCUGGUUUGGAAGCCCACUCGGAUUGUUGAUAUAUUUUGUAGCUCCUAUGUUUGUAAUAGUUGUUAUAAAUAUUGUACUCUUUGGGAUAACUAUUUACAGACUAAAUGAAAUGAAACUCAGUAUAAAAUUCAUAAAAAGAAAAAGAAAAAAUGAAAACUGUGAAACAUCACAGUCAACUCGACAAACAAUGCCAGUGCAGGCAUCUGGAGGUAUUUCUGGCAACAGAGAUAAAAUACGUUUUUAUUUGUAUCUAAAACUAUUUAUUAUUAUGGGACUAACUUGGGUAUCAGGAAUAAUUGCAAUAUUCUCAGAGGUUGAGGCAGUUUGGUACAUUUUUGUUAUCUUAAAUGGUCUUCAGGGUACCUUUAUCUUCUUCAUGUUUGAUUUUAAACAAAAAAUUGGUAGCCUGUUAUGGGAAAAGUUGUUUGGUGGGAAAUUUGAACAACCAAAUUUUCUUAAAAACUUCAGUGUCUCAGGAAAGCAAGCAACAAAUACAAGAAGUACAGCAUCAUCACAGACAAAAUCAUGCAGUGUCAGCAGUUCACGUAGUGUCUCAUCUGACAAAAUGACUGUCCUAAGGAUGUCAUCAUCAGAAAAUAUGGAAUCAAAUAAGAGGAAACUGGAACCAGAAGAGAUUCCAUUGAAACUGGCUCCUAAAAAUGGAGGGAACAGCAGCUUCAACCUAGCAUUAAACCCUGCAUUCACUUCAGACUGAAACACAGAAGAUGAAAGUAUGGGGAGUUGUAGGCAAAUUCUUGUGGACAUUAUGCCAAGUUGUAUGGCUUGCACUGAGAUAGGAUAUGUGCAUCUUAUUGAUCUCAAGUUCUAAUUUAGUCAUGUGAAACCAAAGAGCUAUUAACAUUCUUAUUCUGAAAUGUUUCUUCAUAGACAACACAUAGAAUACUGUAGUUUGUUAUGUUCUAAUGGCCUAAAAUGGACAGACAAUGGGAAUUUGCUACAUGAGCUGUGCAAAUUCAGCAACUGUAAAUAGGGAGAUGUAAAUCUGUAGCAACAAAAUCAAAAAUUAUUACACGAUUUGUGCAUGGUCAGUCCUAUCUCAUCAUAUUUGUACAUUUGAGAGUCUGUUCAGUAUUAUAGCUUUGUGUUGUCUACAAAGUUUGAGAAAACAGCAACUGACUUUUAAACUAGAGUGUGUGUGUGUGUGUGUGUGUGUGUGUGUGUGUGUGUGUGUGUGUGUGCAUAAGUGUAUCAGUAAGUGUGAUGAAAGUUUCAUUUCUUUGAAUAGCGUAAUAUGUAAGAGAAUUUGACAAAUGAAAGACAGAAAGAAUGUGGAGUAAAUUGUUCAGAACUAACUGUGAGUAAUAAGAUUUAGUCACUUAUCACACUAAAUGUUUAUGCUAUUGCAAAUGAACAGUAAAAGACUCAUGAGUUUCCACACUAGAGACUUUUUUCCUUUGAUCUAGAAGACAAAAGCAUACAGAAAAGAUGCAUUUAAAAAUAGCCAAAAAAGAAUAAAAUUAUUGACAUCUGCAUGCUACAAGAAAAUGAUUAAUGCUCCAUAUUCUCACAGUCUGUAAUGGAAAAAAAUCUCUCCAAUUCGGAUUUAAUAACCAAGUUUCCAGUUUUACCUCCAUCUUUUAUAUUGCCCUGAAAAUUCUCCUUAUACUUUGUGGAGCUGAAAAUUAGGUCUUUUUUUUCCCAAUGUUUGGUUUUACAGGUGUUUCAUCAUUAACAGCUUAUACCUAAUAGGAUACAGUUAUUUUGAAAUGCAAACAAUCCCACUGGAUAAACAUCCGCAACUGAGCAUUAUAGCCAGAGGGUACGCCCCCCCCCCCCCUCCCCCCUCCCCCCUCCCCAAAUACUUAAAUACUUAAACCAGGACUAUUUUCAGGGUAUUACAUGCCUGUCAUUGAGUGUGAUACUGCAGAUGAAUAAGAGACCAAAUCUAAUAAUUUUUACACACAAUAGUACACUUGAGGCAUAUGGUUUUCCUUUUUGUUUUUUCAUGUGUACUAUAGCAUUCAUAAAAAUUAUUAUUAGCUUUGGCCUGAUGAAGGGCAUGUAAAAUACACACACGCAC